AUGGCCAAGGCCUGGCUUUCGGUUCUGGUUGUACUCGCCGCUCUCUUUGGAGGACUCUACCAAGUUCGCCUGAAGAAGGUCUUCUCUGACCAUGGAAUCAUUGGAAGAGUCAUAGAACCUCUGAAUAACGAAAGAUGUCUGGGGAUCCCUGAGCUUGCAGGCUGUGAAAAGAUCGUUCUCCAUCACCCAUCAGGAAUUGUCUAUCUCGCUGGCUCAUCACUUUUAUCCCGAAAACACUGGACUCCUGCCAUGGGUUUACUCAACGCCACCAUGUUACCCGACCAACCUCCGGAUUAUUUUGCCACAUACGACCCAUCUACUUCUACCAUCACGCACCUCGACAUCUCCGGUUUCGAAGACCCCCGAGGGAUUUCUGUUCAUGGCUUCGACGUCGCCAUAAACCACCGUCGUCCGCUCUCCGGGAAAGCAGAUCAGGUUGGAGCUGACUCCGUCAUCGAAAUUUUCGAGACGACACUCGGUGGAACCGUCUUAAAGCAUUUUGCUACCGUGGAGAGCCCCGCUAUAAUCACCCCGAACGAUGUUGCUGGCUUACCAGAUGGAAAGAGCUUCUACUUCACCAACGAUCAUGGCAGCAAGACUGGCUUUGACCGAAAGCUUGAGCCUUACGGGUUCUCAAGCUCGUCGGUUGGCUACUGCCAUCUCAACGAAGGCUGUAAACUCUCUAUCUCAAAGCUUCCGGGCAGCAACGGCAUUGCGCGCUCGCAGAACGGUACCGUAUACGUGGCAAGCAGCACCGUUGCUGAGCUUCGCGUCCUCGAAAGUCAAGCAGAUCAUUCACUUGUAGUGACCGAUGUAUUGGCGACCGAUCGUAUCAUGGAUAACGUCGCUAUCGACGAAAAUGGCGCUUUGUGGGUGGCCGGCUUCCCCAGCUCACUCGCAUACGUGGAUCAUGUACAGAGUUGUGGAAGUAAUCCGGCUCCGUCAAGUGCGUUCAGAAUGACGUUGAACACUGGACGGAGUGCGUUCUUUGGUGAGAAGUUCAAAAUCGAUAAGGUUUUCGAAGACAAUGGGACCAUCGCCGCAGGCUCUACUUCUGCCGCCUACGAUACUAAGCGCAAGCUGCUUUACAUGACAGGUCUGUCGAGCCCGCAGCUUGCUGUGUGUGAACUUUGAUUGUUGUUACAUCAUGGACGUCGUCACUACUGGUGCUUCCCGCAAUGCGGAGCCCGCUGCGCCGUAAACACACAAAGCAUCAAACUCCAAAGGACUUGCCUUCUAUGGUAGCAUUUGUUUCACUUGCUUCGUCCUCCAAGUCAGCGUAGGCUCUGUACGCGCUCUGUACAAUAUAUAAAAGAGCAUUGAACGACAACGUAGCUCCUUUGGGAGAGCAAGGCCGUCCAGCCCACCCGCUAUCUAAAUCGGACCUGUACCGUGACAGUAGUUAUGACGGUCCGAUCGGCGUUGGUGUUGUCCAAUCAUGCCACUUUUCUCCAACCAUCCGUCAUCGAAGUGACUCGAACCGACAGUGCACGGACAC